AUGGCAACAGGAAAAAUCCUUCCCACGGGAAAACUCUCUACUACAAUGCAGCGAACAGAACCAGAGAAGCCUACAUGCAAUGAUACUAUGCAAGAAAAUGAUGAUCUGGAUGAUGAGGAAUAUAUCACAGGAUUCAAGUUGUGGGCGAUUUUAAUUUCAGGCACUCUUGUCCAGUUUGUUAUGAUGCUUGAUCGGUCUAUUAUUGCUACGGCUGUUCCUUACAUCACGGAUGAGUUUCACUCUCUUCUGGACGUAGGUUGGUAUGGAAGUGCAUACCAACUAGCGAGUGCUGCUUUGCAACCUUUGACCGGCAAGCUAUACACACAUCUGAAGAUCAAGUGGACAUUCUUCGCCUUCUUUUUUAUAUUUGAGCUUGGAUCCCAGCUAUGUGCCAUUGCCAAAUCCUCCAAAAUUUUGAUUAUAGCACGCGCCAUUGCCGGUCUAGGUGGCUCAGGACUGCUGAAUGAUGGACUGACGAUGAUUUCAGCCUGUUUGCCUAAACAUAAACGUCCAGCAGCGAUGGGAUUGAUUAUUUCCAUUAGACAGUUGGGUCAAGCCCUGGGCCCCCUUAUUGGAGGGGCGUUUACUGAAAAAGUCACUUGGCGCUGGUUCGUGUUUCUGUAUGAACCCCCCCCCAUUGGUGGAAUCGUCCUCGCCCUUCUCGCUUCUCUUGACAUACCAGACCGGAUCGCAAAACCAGACUUGCGAACCCUCCUCCGCACCAUCGUUACUACACUCGAUAUUCUGGGCUUCCUCAUAUUUGCCCCCGCUGCAAUUAUGUUCUUCCUCGCGUUUCAGUACGGUGGGAGCGAAUAUCCCUGGAAUAGCGCAACGGUGAUUGGCCUACUCGUAGGCGCGGGGAUAACGUUUCUCGUUUUUCUGGGCUGGGAGUACCAUCGUGGCGACAAUGCUAUGAUACCUCUCUUCAUGUUAAGAAAAAUCAUCAUCUGGUCCAGCUGUCUGACCAUGUUCUUCAUAACAGGUGUUUUGACAUGUGGAGCUUAUUAUUUGCCUAUUUAUUUCCAAGCCGUCAAGGGAGCGUCACCUAUUAUGAGUGGUGUUUACUAUCUCCCCAAUAUUCUGCUGCAGAUCACCAUGGCUAUGUUAUUUGGCUUUUACCUUCCAUGGGUGUUUGGGGGAACCGCAUUAGCGAGUAUCGGAUAUAGCCUACUCACGAUGCUUACACCAACAUACGAAACUGCAAACCGUGUGGGAUUUCAAAUCUUGGCUGGUGCUGGCCUAGGCAGUGCUGCUGCAAUGCCCUUUGUCGCCGUCCAAAACCUUAUCCCACAUGCCCAAAUAUCUGUGGUCAUGGCAAUCCUGGUCUUUUCGUUGAACUUCGGCGGGGCCACUUCCCUCACAUUCGCCGAAACAAACUUCAGCCAAAGUCUCCCCGUUGCGAUUUCGAAGUACGCACCAGGGGUAAAUGCAAGUGCAAUUAUCUCUGCUGGUGCGACGGGCUUUUGGAAUGUAGUUCCCGCGGAUCAGUUGGCCGAUGUUCUGAAGGCAUAUAGCGAGAGUGUUGACCAUGUGUUUUAUUUGGUUUGUGGGUCUGCAGCUGCAGCAUUUUGUUGUGCUUGGGGAAUGGGGUGGCAGGAUAUUAGAAAAUCUAGGGCUAAGGAGCAGGCUAUGACGACGCCUUAG